AUGAUGGGCCGAGCUCAGGGCGACAACGAAGAGGAAGCCAUGCACGAGACCACGACAGAGUGGCUCACGGGGAGGAUACCGAGCGAGAAGCCGGUCCGCUUCCAGUGGCGCCGGAAGGCCUGGAGCAUGGCGCCGUGGAUCAUCGCGGCGCCGCUGGGCAAGACGGAGCGCAAGCUCCCAAAGGUCAACUCGACGUCGUACCUGAACGGCCUGCGCGGCGUGGCGUGCCUGAUCGUCUUCAACUACCACGUCGCGAUCCUGUGGAACCCGAUGCAAAAGAAGACCCUCGGCAAGGUGCCGCUGUUCAACGUCGGGCUGGCCGGACACGGCGCGACCAUGGUCUUCUUCGUGCUCUCGGGCUUCGUCCUGUCCUACUCGCCGCUGUCCAAGAUCUCGUCUGGCGGCAACGACUCGGCCCUCCUGACCUCCCUCUGGUCCUCCAUCAUCCGCCGCGGGUUCCGCCUCUUCACGCCUCUGGUCGCCCUCGCCUUCAUGUUCGCCUUCGUCACCUUCUUCACGUCCAUGUACGAGGACUCGAAGCAGCUUCCCUACGCGCAGACCGACCCCAAGACAGUCGCCGACUUCUUCCUCAACAUGGAGAGCUAUGCGCGCAUGGUCUUACGCCUCAUCAACCCCUUCACCUGGAAAAUAGUGCAGCCCGCCACGCUCGAGCAGGCCUGGACGCUGCCCUUCGAGUACCGCGGCUCGCUGAUCGUCUUCCUGCUGUGCAUCGUCUGCUCGCGCCUGACGUCCCGCUGCCGCAAGCUCUUCCUGCUCGCCUUCGCCCUGUUCGCCCUGCACUACGUCCGGUGGGACGUCUUCUGCUUCACGGCGGGCAUGGGCCUGGCCGAGCUGCGCUUCUGCCCGCUGUUCGAGUCCCAGCCCGAGGCGCUGCCCCGCUCCGCGGCCGACGUCCCGGCGCGGCCCUGGGCCCGGCUCGCCCGGCACGUCAAGGUCCGGUCCGUCCGCUCGGCGGUCGCCCUGCUGACGCUCGUGCCGGCCGUCGUCGUCUGCGCGUGGCCCGAGUCUGGCGCCACGCUGGGCGUGGAGCCCUACGCGUCCAUCCACGCCACCUUCACGCCGGCCCAGUACUCCGGGAACGACAUCGACUUCCUGUACGCCAGCGUGGGCGCCGUCGGCGUGCUGGCCUCGCUCGAGUCGCUGCCGUCGUUCCAGUGGCUGCUGAGCACGGCGCCGUUCCGCUACCUCGGGGAGAUCAGCUUCGCCUUCUACCUGAUGCACCUGCUGCUGAUCACCACUGUCAGCGCGCCCACCUUCCUCUUUCUGAUGGACGUGUUGGGUUGGAGCUUCCAGCCUUCCUAUGUGGUAGUGUGGAUCCUCGCGGCCGCCGGGACGUGCAUCACGGCGGACUGGUUUUGGAGAGCCGUGGAUGAGACGAGUGUUCGCAUGAGCCGGAAGAUUAGUGACUGGGUGAUUGCUAAGCCAAAGGAUACUGAGCCGGCGUAUCAUGCGCUUUAG